UUUAAUCCCUUAGUUGUACACAGAUUUAAUAAUGGCGGGAUUGACCGAAAGCUUAAACGUAGAUCGUACGCUACUUGAUCCAAACUUUGACGGAUAUAAACUCUCUCUGGACCCAUUGCCUUCUUACUCCGUGAAGACAGAUUCAGGUAUUGAUUCAGUACGGUUACGUGAUGACCAAUAUUCUUACCAACAUGUGAAAGCGUUUGGACUGCACAACCACCUUUUCCUAGAUGUCUGGCACAUGAACAGUGUUUACUACGUUGAUGAGAAAUGGCAUGUGAGGCGGUUACGAGUCAUUUUAGAGAGCCAGCUAGAUCAGCCAAGCAUCGUUUUUACAAUUCCCGAUUUUGAUCAGAAAAGACAUGUGCCUCGGCACAACGUUUCAAUCACGUUCCCAUCCGAAACAAUGUGUGUCUUGGCAGAUGGAACGGGCACUUUAUUUGUUUUGGACACGGGUCAGCGAGACACACCUGAACUCAGUAAAUGGAAGGUGCUGUACUCAGAUUCUGUUUGUGAAGAUGAUCAAGCAUUUCUACUGCUAGACUCUGUCUUACAUUUCGAAGAGAAUAGCGAGCCGGUGUACGAAUGCCUUCUACUAUACAUACGGGAGAAGGAGACAUUUGGAGCAUCAAAAAAUGAUGGAUUUGAAGUUAUCCUUGAAUGGGUUACACUUUUUGAAACUGCAGAAGAUGCAUCUAUAAAAGUCCAAGGACGGCGUAAAUUCAGUGGAGCUAGUGCACCGUGGAUGGCCGCCAUUGAUCGGACCGGUACUGCGCUCUUGUGGGCAUGUGAAACAGACUUUACGGUAGUUCAGAACACUUUCAAGCCUCUCGCUUCAAAUGGUCAUACAGAAGAGAAGGAGGAAGAAGAGGAAGUACCACUCUACACCUGGACACAGACACAAGAAGACACCAUUGUAACAUUCACCAUACCACAAGAUUCCACCAAAGAAGAACUGAAUAUACGACUGACCCAUGACCACAUCGAGAUCAGCAUCAAAGGUGAUAUAGUGCUAUUAAAAGGGGAAUUGCCAAGGUUCAUAGAUGUAGAAACCAGCUCUUGGACUGUUGAAAAUAAAAAACUCGAACUGAUGCUUGCAAAGCAAGACGUUGGCACAAUGUGGAGUGAAGUUGUUAUAGGAGACUCAAGAGGGCGCUACAUAGUUGAUCCGGACCAAGCAAGAAUCAUCCAUGAGAAAUUGGCACAUUUAACUUCCGAGGAAUUGGAUGCUUCUCCACACCCUGGAGGAUUUAAACCAGGGGUCACACCACAGGAACUUGAAGACUGUGAUAUCUGUCCUGAAGGUGAUGCAUCCAUGGCACGUUUUGAUGGCAACAAAAAUGAAGUCACCAACAAAGUGAGUUUGGGUAGUCACCAGUGGCUGUUUAAUGCGACUCUUGACCCAAAACAAAUGCCUUGCAUCUGCCUCCGCCAUGACGUCGAUGGCAUUGUCUGGCAACCAACAACACCCGAUGAACAGCAGUUGAACGCGUGGAAACAUCACGCCACAUUCAACGCGCUGGGUUAUGUGCAAGCGGCUAAAACGUCAAAAAAAUUUGCCUCAUGUUCCCAGGAUACGUCAUACGCUGUACUAUGUGAUUGUAUUCGUCACCUUUACAUUUACCGUCAACCAAGUCCGACGUUAUCGCCGUUACGGAAUCGGAAAAGCGGAAGAGUCAUAGGAGAACUUGCGAAACAACAGGUUAUAAGUUUAGAUACGACAGAUGAUAUACUCGGAAUGCAAGCUACAAACGAAAGACUUUUUGUUUUGACUUCUAAGAAACUUUACGUUGUAAAAGUUCGUUUAGAGAACUCGUGAGGGCUCUUGUAAAUCAUGUUAUUUUUAUAGGAUCAAGCAAUGAGUGCAAAAUGGUGAAAGUUAGUUUUUUAUCUGAAACUUAUUCUAUGUAAUAAUGCUACGUAUGCUUAAUACUAGUUUGGUUUCUUUCUUUGUAGUCAUUCUACAUGUGGGUAGGGAGAAGCAAUACAUAUACUGUAAAUAUAUAUGAGCACAAUUGAGAUGGGGAGUCUAGACCACCUCAACUUUAUGUAAUUUUGAAAUGUUCUGAGGAGCUGGCUGCCCCCCCUUGAAUCCGUUAAUGAGAUUUCUUAACGCAUUUAAUUUUAUUUUGCUAUACAUAUUAUUUGGUCCAAGUUAAAAACUAA